CUUUGGAUUUAGCUUCUGCUGAAACCGGGUUACAAAUCCAACGUUUUACCAUCAUUUAUUGCUUAAAUAAUAUUUUUUAAAAUUACGUGCGAAGAAAUGGAAAGGAGGAGAAUCUAAAACGGGCAAUUCGACGGAUUCAGCUGCGGCGGUUUUAAGCUCGUCUCCCCAGAAGGUCACAGCCUCUGUGGCAGCAUCAUGGUGGACAUCGGUGUGAAAAGCGAAGCCGCUUGGGUCUGUCACACCGAGGGACGAAACCUGGCUGAUGUCCUGCUUCCUGUUAGUAUCAGUACCAGAGGCGGCGAUGAAGAGGAGCUCAGUGAGACAAACCAGGGAGGUGCGGUGCUGUUGCAGCAGAUGGAGGACGGCUCUCCAUGUGUCCUGACGCUCCACUGCAGCUCCUCUGCAGCCAUCAGCCGCCUGCUGGUCGUCAGCGAGGCUCGAACCCUGGAGGUUUAUGACCAGACAGGAGAAUACUGCGGGACGGUGCGAGGGUGGAAGGACGACAGCAUCCAGCCAGACAGUGCAGACAGAGGACCUUUCUAUAAGAAGCAGCUGAUCCUUGAGCAUCCGUCCUCCUCCUGUGAAGUGAAGUUGCUCUCCCUGGCUGGUAGAAACAGUGUUGUGGUGUGUCGAGUCGUCGUCGGCCUCCAGUCGCUGCAGUCCUGCCCGGCCCGAGGCCCCGGCAUCGACAUGCAGCAGGUCCAGUGUCUGGUCCAGGAGAUGGGAACAAACCUGUCGCCAGGAGCCCAGAACCUCAUGGACAUGGUGCAGUUCCAGCAGAAGAAUCAGAGCAGCUCUCUGGGCGGUUUCCUGCCUCUCCUGAUGGGCGGUGGAGGUUUCGCUGCCCUGGCCAGUGGAUUCAACAUGUCCCCAGCAUCCAUCGUCAACCAGCCUGCAGAAUCCACGCCUCCAGACGGUUCUAUCACUCAAACAGUUCAGAACGGAGGGAUGUCUGAGAGCUCCACCUCCUCAUCCUCAUCCUCAUCCUCAUCCUCAUCCUCCCCGGACCUGCCACCGUCCAGCGCUAACAACGCUAACAAUAACAACGGCGGUCAGAACGGCGGCCCGUUUAGCCACGCCCAGCUGUCGGAGAUGAUGUCACACUUCCUGGCGGGGCCGGGACACGGCCAGAUGUUGACCUCCAACACCGAACUCCUGCCGAUGCUCCAGAACGUCUGCGGUCAGGUGACCCAGCUGAGGCUGGAUGAUGCUGCAGCAGAGAGGAAGAUGAGGAACAGCAGCUGGGAAGUGGACGAAGCCAUGGAACGGCGUCUGGAAGAGAUGGAGCGACGUCUGAAGGAGCACAUGGACCGACGCCUGGACGCUCUGGAGCAGAAGCUGGAGAAGGUCCUGCUCAGCGCCUUGCCGCUGCUCGCCCUGAGCCACGGAGCCGGAGGAACGGCGUCCACCGGGCCGUCGGAGCAGAUCGAACCGACGCCGGCGACGCACUGAGCUCCAGAACACCCACCUGCAACCCGGAGGCCUUCCUGCUCGCUAACGGAGACGCAGCAAUGCAAGAAAACAGGCUUAACACCAGAAGACGCAGCUUCUGUCACGCUUUCUGACCCACGCCAGUGAAUGCAACAGCGUUUUAAAGCCUGAAUGUACAGCAGCAACUGUUCUUACUGCAAAAGCAAGUAAUUGCACUGCAUUUUGGGAAAAGUCUGACCGCUAGAACCAGGAGAAAGCCUGAAACCAGGGAGGCUCAGAACACAGGGCAACUUAUUAGUGAUGCGAUCUUAUCCUGGUUUUUAAUGAUUUACACGUAACACCAGCUGAACACUCGUUUAUUCCACUUGAAACGGAAAUGUCCACUUAUUCCUCACAGGUGUCACGAACCAGAUGUUGACCCCCGUCUUCAGUGUUCUUCUUCACACUGUAACUGCACUAAGGCUGCAACUAAUGAUUAUAUUCAUUAUCGAUUAAACUGCAGUUUAUUUAAUCGAUUUUGUGAACGGUACAAAAAAAUGAAGGCAUCCUCAAAUGUCUUGUUUGGUCAAAUUAACGGUCCGGAAACCCAAAAACAUUCAGUUUAAAGGCAGACAAACUGAAAAAAACAGCAAAUCCUCACAUUUGAGAGGCUUAAAUUAGAGAAUUUUGGCAUUUCUGCUUUAAUAUCGACUAAAAGGAUGCAGUUCUGAGCUGGUGUGAAGGGUUUUGGUUAUUCAGACCUCAUCAGUUUGGUUCAGUUUGUCUUGAAACUUGUUUAAAAUCUCAGAAUGAACUCCGGCUCCAGGAGUGUAAAUAGAAGGUGUGACUGUAUUUUAACACGGCGCUGUAAUGUUUUAAAUAAUGUACAUGUCUGUAAACUAUUAAAAUUUCCACCUGUGAUGUUGAAUUGUGCUCACAUUAAUAGCAAAUAAAAUAUAUAUUUAUACAGA